AUGCGUCUGGCUGGGAGGAGGCGCUGCAGGGACGCGGCUAAGGGAAGGGCCUCGGGUACCACCGGCCGAGUGCGGGGCGCGCGCGCGUGGGUGGGUGGGGGCGUGCGGCGUCCCCGCCUCCCGUCAGCGCCGUCUGCCCGCAGGACCGCCUUCAACAACAACGUGAGCGUGGCCUACGACUGCCUGAGCGCCAGCGGGCGCAGGAAGCGGCCGGGGCUGGACGGGCGCACCUACAGCGAGCUGCUGCGGCGCCUCUGCCGGGACAGCGCGGCGCCCGAGGAGGCGCUGGCGCCGCUGCUGCGCAAGAUCGAGUGCCGCGAGCACGAGGCCGUGCCGCUGGGCGUGUUCCGCGCCGGCAUGCUCGCCUGCUUCGUGCUGCUCGAGUUCGUGGCGCAGGCGGGCGCCCUGUUCCGCCUGCUGGAGGACCCGGCGCUGGCCGUGGCGGACCGCCGCGUGGGCCAGGCCGUGCUGGACACCCUGGAGGGGGCGCUGAGCGCCGGCGAUGGCAGCCCCGCGCCCGCGCACUACCUGGAGGCCGGUUCGCGCCUGGGGCCCGACAGCCUGGCCCUGGCCAUGGACCGGGCCGCCGCGGGCAGGCGGCCCAGCUCCCCCAUGACCCGGGACGAGUUCCUGGAGAAGGCGGCCGCGCUCUUCAUCGCCAAGGUGAAGCCGGUGAGCUGAGGCCCCAGCUCAGCCCAGCUUCCUGCCCCUGCCGGGCCGGCCCCGCUGCUCCCCAGGGGGAACCAGGGCUGAGGACCGGCAGCGCCCCAGGAAGUGGACGCUGGCUCCCCACAGACCUUGGCUGUUCCCUGCUGGUCCCGCCCCACCGGCCCAGGACCCUGCUAGCUCUAAUAAAACCCCCUGGAGGCUG